AUGCAAGGUUUAUUGUAGCCAUCUCAACAAACUCUUUUGGUGCGAUCACCAACUGAAGGCUCAUUAAAGAGCUACAGCAGAUAUGAGAGUAAGGGAAAGAAAAGAAUUGUUUACAAAAACAACAAAGGCGAAAUAGUUGAGCCUCAAGAAAAAUUGGCUAAAUCCCAACAUUCUCAUUAAUCUUAACCUGCUCAUUCAGUAAAAUCUCGAACUAUUACUCCUACUCCUUCAGAAAAUGUGAAAUUAUAAACUAACACCAUUUUCGACUUAGUGCCAAUUGACGAUCCCCUUUGGUUGGAGUUGAUUCCGCCUGAAAUUCAAUCGGAUCCAAACUUCAACCUCGAGAAAUUGAUUAUGGAUAAUCAAGAGUAUUUCGUUAAUCUCCUUGGCUUGUACAUGCAAGAGAGACAAUAAAACAGAAUACAAGAACUAAAGGUGUCUCUGCCCUAGAAAAAGCAGACUACCUAUGACCAAGUCUAUAAGAAACUUAAUGCCCUUGAUCAAUAACAGUUCAACAUUAAGAUGUAUGAUUAAGUGCCAGUUGCCUAAUCUCUUCAGUUACAAACGCAAUACGAAACUUCAUAUCGUACUCCCAAAAUUAACCCUCAGGACAAUUGCAAACCCUCCUAUACUAGGGACAAGGCUGAGAUGCUCACUCUCACAAGCUAUAAGCAAAAUUACAUCAAUUGGAAACCAACUCUUACAGAUAGGAUGGGACCUAAAAGAGGAUAAAGCACCGGAGCCCUGCCCUUCAUUGGCAAGACCUCCUAUUAAGAGAACUAUCGGAUUAACAAUUUCGAACCUAUGGAAUCCGCCAAAAAGAAGUCCCUAGGUCCUUUUGCUUCGGGCAGCUCCAUGAUCUUCAAAGAAGCCUUAUCUAAAAUCCACUAUCCAGGUUAUUAGAUAGAAGAAUUACAACCCAUUAAAAAAUACAGCACUCAUCAAUAAGGAAAUGGGUCUUAUGAUGGAUAAUUCAAAACCACUUUUAAAAAUUCAUUUGCCUAUAAAGUACCAGAACCGAUUGUGCAGGAUAGAUAUUGGAAACAGAAGUUGAUACAAAAGAUCUUGGAUAAGAAAUAAAAUUGA